AUGGGGACUACAACUGAAGCCUCUGCUGGAGGUGAGUCGAAGUCCCCCAAGCAGUCCAACAGCUCUCCUCGACCUGAUACCACGACCGACGCCAGGGCAGCCGAUCCACCCAUCAAAAUAGAGGCUGCCAAUGCCGAACAAGCCAAACCCCUUGCGCCUCCUCCUCGACCCGGUCAACAACCAGGCAACACUCCUGACUACUUCGCGGUCCAGGCCGGCGGAUCUCUCAGUCUGGAGCCCAAUCCAUUCGAGCAGUCCUUCGGGGGCGCUCCAGAGACACCAGGAGGAACAAAGCUGCCUUCAGUUGCUGCAUUGACAUCACCAUCUUCACUACUACCCGGUAGUAACGCGACACCAUUCAACUGGGGAGGCGGCUCAUUGCGUACUGGCCCUCUAAGUCCUGCAAUGCUUUCUGGCCCAGCGAACGAUUACUUUGGCGAGACCCAUCAUCUACGUGGCGGAUUCCCUACUCCCAACGAGUCCUCAUUGAGGACGGGGUUAACACCAGGUGGCAGUGGUUCCAUGUUCCCUGCCCCAAGUCCUAAUUCACAAGCACUUUUUGCUCAACUUGCCAGUGGAGGAGCCACACCUAGCACUCUUGACUUCCACCGAACUGCUAUCAGCGCCGCCGCUAAACGCGACCAGAACGGAGCUGUUCCAAGAUCCCAAGCACAACCAGCUUCCCAACCCCAACAACCACAGCAACCUUCUGUUACUUCUCAACCCCAGGACAUGCCAAACGGUGCUUCCAACACUAAGUCUGAAGCGAAGCCCACGUCGGGCCCCUUCGAUCCCCACGAUAACGACGCUGCAAACGGCCUGUUCAUGCUGGCCCAGGGUAGAAACGGUGCUCAGAACGGAAACCAGUUCGCUGUGACGUCAGGUGCUUCUGGUCACGCACAUCCUGCCCCUGCUCCUCAGAACAUGAACACUUCACCACAAAUGUCAAGUAUCAACGGCGGCUCUGUCGGCUCCGGUCGCGGUAUGAGCGAGGGCAGCAUGAUGUCAGACGAGAGUGAGCAGGCUCGUCCUAACACUCGAGGUCGUGGCAAGAAGAACCCUCCCCCGACCAAUGGUCGAAGGAAGGCUGACGAACCCCCAUCUAAGACACCUGUUCACAAGAAGUCGAAGACGAAUUCUAUGGAUAUGGACAUGGACAUGAUGUCUGAUGACGAAUCUAAGAUGAAGUACGAAGAUGGCAGUGGGAAAUCAAAGAUGACCGACGAGGAGAAGCGAAAGAACUUUCUUGAGCGCAACCGUGUCGCGGCUCUCAAAUGUCGUCAAAGGAAGAAGCAGUGGCUGGCUAAUCUUCAGACCAAGGUCGAGAUGUUCAGCACUGAGAACGACGCUCUGACGGCACAGAUUACCCAGCUAAGGGAGGAAGUCGUCAAUCUUAAAACCCUCCUUCUCGCUCAUAAAGACUGCCCUGUAACCCAGCAACAAGGAAUACACGGUGCCUUUAUGUCACAGGUUGUGGAGCCUUACAACCCCCAAAUGAACCCUUAUGGCAUGGCAGCACCUAUGUCCAACCAGCAAGUCAUGGCUGGACAAGGUGUCCAGAGGCGAUUCUCAUAG